AUGUGCCUAGAAAUUAAUUAAUCUCAUGAAAACUGACUAAAAAAUUGACCUGAAAAACCUUAAAUUUUUUUGUUUUAUAUAAGAGCAAACAAAAUGAAAUUGUAGAACACAUGCAGAUAAACGACAGAGAGAGCUUAUAUGAAGGCAUAACAGUCGCAACAAAUAGAGCCACGCGUCCCUGAUUGCACUGAUUCCAUAAAAUACCUUGUCGGUUUCCUGUGCAGCCGGUAAAUUUACCAGACACGUGUCAGUUAAAUUCUUUAUUUUCUCUAUCUCCACUACUACAACAACAUUCAUCACACGAACCCAAAAAGCAAACACUUUUCACCUGCAAAAAAUCAUCCACCAUUAUUUCCGGUUCAUUUUCGCCGGAAAUUCUUUUCCACUUCUCAUGCUUCCUAAAUCACUUCCCUCGUCACCGAAAUCACAACCGUUUAAAAUCUCAGAUACAAAAACUAAAACCUCUCUUAUAGCAAUACUUAAAUCACUUUUCUCCUUUCAAAAUCCUCGCGCAUGGAUUCUCUUCACCGUUCUCUUCAUCCAGAUCCUUCUAUUUUUCAACCUCCGUAGCUUCCCCACUUCAAUUUCACCCCCUCACCACCAAUUCCUCACUCACCUCGCCGUAAUCCAAACCGCCGCCACUCAAAAUGCCACUUUAUUAGAUUCUGAUUCUGAUUCUACUCUCAGUCUCACCACUACCACUACCGAAGACGAAGAACAAUGCGCCUUCGGCAGGGUUUUUGUCUACGACCUUCCCAAAUUCUUCAACCAAGAAAUUCUUGAUAAUUGCGAUAAUCUCAAUCCAUGGAGUUCUCGCUGUGAUGCUAUGUCAAACGAUGGAUUAGGACAGAGCGCAACCGGACUCGCCGGAAUUAUACCGGAGAAUCUUCUUCCGGCGUGGUACUGGACUGACCAAUUUGUUUCAGAAAUCAUUUUCCAUAACCGUAUUCUUAACCACAAGUGCAGAACCUUAGAGGCGGAAUCGGCUGCGGCGUUCUACAUACCAUUCUACGCCGGACUCGCAGUGGGAAAGUAUUUAUGGAUGAAUACCUCCACAGCAAAAGAUCGCGAUCAUCACUGUGAGAUGAUGCUGACGUGGCUUCAGGAACAACCUCAUUACAAAAAUUCCAACGGCUGGGAUCACUUUAUCACGAUGGGACGCAUCACAUGGGAUUUUCGUCGCUCCAAAGAUGAAGAUUGGGGUUCUAGUUGCAUCUACAAGCCAGGGUUAAGAAACAUCACGCGCCUUCUCAUAGAGCGUAACCCGUGGGACUAUUUUGACGUCGGUGUUCCAUAUCCCACAGGAUUCCACCCAGGUUCCUCUUCUGACGUCACUCUAUGGCAGAGCUUCGUCCGCGAUCGCCGUCGCAAUUCGCUUUUCUGCUUUGCCGGAGCUCCACGUCGUGCCUUCAAGAACGAUUUCAGAGCAAUUCUUUUGAAUCAAUGUCGUGACUCCGGUGGGUCGUGUCGCACCGUGGACUGCGGCGGGUCACGGUGCGCGAAUGGCACAGCGGCAAUCACCGAAACCUUUCUCGACUCUGAUUUUUGUUUGCAGCCGAGAGGGGAUAGUUUUACUCGCCGGUCUAUUUUCGAUUGUAUGAUUGCUGGUUCGAUUCCAGUUUUUUUCUGGCAGCGAACAGCAUACUUACAAUAUCAGGAUUUUUUACCUGAUGAACCGGGGAGUUACUCGGUUUAUAUAGACCGGAAUGCCGUUAAAAACGGGACAUCCGUGGUAAAAACCGUGCUUGAGAGUUACACGAAAGAAGAGGUGAAAAAAAUGAGGGAAAAAGUGAUUGAGUACAUUCCUAGGUUGGUUUAUGCAAAACAUAACAAAGGGAUUGAGGGUAUUAAGGAUGCAUUUGAUUAUGCAAUUGAUGGAGUAUUAACAAGGUUCAAGGAACAACUACAACCUGAGUUUCAUAAGUGGAAAUAAGUUUGAGGUAAAAAGCAUUGCACGUUGUUAUUAGAUUUAGAAAGAAAAAUAAAGAAUAAUGAAUAAUGAAUGAUACCACGUUCACAUAAAUUUAGUAGGUUAGAGUUUUUUUGUCAUUUGCUUGUCAAGAUCUAUUUAUUUAUAUAUAGGCUGUACCAUAUUGAUAUUGUGAUUCUUUUUCCUUUGAUGGAUUAUACAUUUAUUGAUAUGAUUAUCUUGUAUAAACUUUGUUGGGGA